AUUACACAAGCACGGGAAAGGCUUCUUACCAAAAUACGGGAAUGUGCAAUCGAGAGAAGAGUGAAUUCCUAAAAGUGAAAUCAGCUGAAUUAUUCUGAAGAAAUGAAACUUGCUUCAAUCAUUUCUGUAUCCAUCAUUCUACGUUGGGCAAAAUGUCAAGAUGAUCCAUGUCAACGUCCAGAAAUCGACAACGCUGUACCCUCCAGAAAACAUCAAUUCCAAAAUGGAGAAACAUUUCAGAUUCACUGUACUCAUGGGUAUAAAUUGCAAGGAGAUGCAACAAUUGAGUGCACGGAUGGAGAAUGGCAAAUCGAACGAUCUAUCCCAGCCUGUAUUGAAUUGCGAUGUAACAAACCAGAUUUAGAAAAUGGGAAUGUGCAAACCACCAAGGAGUCUUUCAAAUCUUUGGAGCAAUUGCGCUACAGGUGCAAUGAUGGUUAUAAACCUGGAGGUGAACUAGUCACGACAUGCAACCAAUUUGGAUGGAGUCCAGUACCAUCAUGUACACCAAUACUUUGCAGGAACGUAACAAUAGAACAUGGUCGAUUUGAUGGGGCAAGCCGGAUGUAUACUCAUCACGAGACAGUGAAAUACACAUGUAAUGAAAAUUACGUACGCUCAGGAGAUGGUACAAUUCGCUGUACAGCUCAAGGUUGGCAACCAAACCCAAGCUGUCCCGAAAUCACUUGUCCCCGACCACAAAUAAAUAUAGAACUUCGACCAAAUGAAUGGAGAUACCAGCUUCAAGCGCAGGUUGGUUACAGAUGCAGAAAUGGAAUGACUUAUUGGUCAAGAUGUACAAGAAAUGGUUGGGAACCUGCCAUAAUAUGCAGAAGUGAUCCAUGUCAACGUCCAGAAAUCGACAACGCUGUACCCUCCAGAAAACAUCGAUUCCAAAAUGAAGAAAUAUUUCGGGUUCGCUGUUCUCAUGGGUAUAAAUUGCAAGGAGAUGCAACAAUUAAGUGCACGGGUGGAGAAUGGCAAAUCGAACGAUCUUUCCCAGCCUGUAUUGAACUCGGAUGUGUUAAACCGCCAACAAUAGAAAAUGGGGAUUUUCGUCCUAAAAAGGCAAGAUAUCAUCAGGAUGAAGUGGUGGCUUACUCUUGCCUUGAAGGAUAUUAUCUUUUCGGAGAAAGUUCCUUGCGAUGUGGUCCCAUUGGAUGGCCAGACCCACCAAAGUGCAUCGAACUCGGAUGUGUUAAACCGCCAACAAUAGAAAAUGGGGAUUUUCGUCCUAAAAAAGCAAGAUAUCAUCAGGAUGAAGUGGUGGCUUACUCUUGCCUUGAAGGAUAUUAUCUUUUCGGAGAAAGUUCCUUGCGAUGUGGUUCCAUUGGAUGGCCAGACCCACCAAAGUGCAUCGAUAUGCAAAGUGUAUGCAUGGAUCACUAUCCAUUGGUAGAACAUGGAUUUAUCAACACUGAGACGAGCUACAAAGUAAGCUAUGAAUGUCAUGCUGGAUAUUAUAUGGAAGGAUCAGAAGUGGUAAUAUGCUCCGAUGGGAAGUGGUCACAACCACCAACUUGCAGUGCUCCUCCAGAUCCAAAACAAGGGUGUAUAGAAAUGCCACCUCCAUUAAAGGAUGGAGACAUACUGGGAUUUGAUUUUCCACCAUUUCGUCCUGGUCAGACUGUAACAUAUCAGUGUCAGGAUUACUACAUCAUGGAGGGAAAUGAACGUGUUACCUGUUCUGGUGGGAAAUGGUCCAAAUCUCCACGUUGUCUUGCACCUUGUAUUUUGACACAAGAAGAUUUUGACAAGAAUUCGUUAUCCUUGAAGUGGAAAAUUAAGAAAAGAAUAUAUAUAAAACAUGGUGAUGCCAUAGAAUUUAAGUGCCCUCGGGGUUUUCAAGUGGAACCUCCUGGAAAACAAGUUUGCCAGAAUGGAAAAAUGGAAAUUCCCAAAUGUAUCAGUGAUGACAGCAUAUCAUGCAUUGCUUUUGACUAUUUUGACUGCCCAACCUGCGCAAGAGAUGAAAUCUGUAUUCAUUAUAAUAUUCGAAACAUAUCAAUGACAAGACCAGAUCAAAGCACAUUGUCGUUAGUUGCUCACCAUGGAGAGAGCGAUGCAUCAUUCUCACUGAAAAGUAACAGGAUCACAUUCAACGUUACAUUCAGUGGAAAUUUCAACAUUCGGUUUGGAAAGACAACUUAAAUCCAGGCUAAGAGUUUAGAAGCUCGAAAGUUGCAAACAGAGGCUCUGCCACACAACAAUUCCGAAAUCAAAGAAUCCUGCACUGCAAAUUCCCAUGUGAUUCAGUGAGCACCGAUUGAGAUAAUUCACUCAUUGGAUAUGUAUUAAAAGUCAAAUGUGAAUUUUAAAUUAAAGUACUGCAACACCACACAAAUUGUAAUCAUUCUCUCUUUUCUCGAUCAUUCUCAAUUUGGGUACUGAAUGAGGGAUAGUUAUAGUUCCUCCUACAGCAAUUAAUUGGAAGGUAUGAAUUGUGAUGGAAUAUUUUGAGCAUUUCUGAAAACUGAAUCUGCAUAUUGUAUUCUGUAUCCAUUACAUUUCUGAAUGUUUAGUUGAUUUUAUGGAUUGCUUUAUUGUUAAUAAUGGAAACAUCAUUAUUCAAAGCAUGAGGAAACGCUUCAAUUGAUCAAGAUGCUUUUAAGGCCACCUUUCUCUGAUGUUGCAGAACCAUGCAGAAGCAGGUAGUGCACAUUGUGCCUUUAUUUUGGAUCAACAAUGGAUGUACAGGUUCAUUUCAUAUCCAUUGAAACUUCAGUUAUAAUGUGUGAAUAUAUGGGUGACAUUCACAGGAGUAGAUCUAAUUCCAAACUUGUUCACAUUUAAUAGAUGCAAUUUAUUUCAUGCUGCUGCUGCUUUGCUACAUUUCAGUUCAUUGUAAUGAAACUUCUGAAUACUUUGGUUGUACUGCAACAACUAAAUAAACAAAUAUUGCAAAA